AUGCCAAACACGCGCUCGGGCAACAAGACUGCGAAUUUCAAAGCCUACUUUUCGAAGAAGGCCGCGCCUCACCAACAGCACUUCCCGCACUGGCGAAAGGUUGUGCGCCGCCCCGACCCGCACGAUGACGGUGGCAAGAAGCAGAUGAAGUUUCUGCCGGAGAUGAUGCGGAGGAGGAGCACGGUGCAGGAUUCGGACGAUGAGGGCGGAGAGUCGGUGGAAGACGAGGACGUGGAGGAGGUGCAGAGAAAGAGGGCAGGGAAGAAGCGCAACAGCGACGUUAUGUGUGAGAUGGUGAAGGUAGAGGAGGAUAGCGAGGAGGACCCUGUGCAACAGACACCGAAGCGGAGACGGAAGGAUGCGCUGGUUGAUACGGCGCAGCGAUCUACAAAGCGAAGACGAGCCGCUGCUGCUGUUGCGCAAGUGCCUGAAAGCGAAGCCAGCGACGAAACCGAGCAGGAAGUAGCACCCAAGCCGAGGCUCCGCAGGCAGUCUACUAUGACACAAAUUGUGGAUGGGCGCUCGCCUGGGCCGGGAUCGAUCGAGCCAGAUUUCAAGCCCUUCAAGCGGACGCCACGGACAAGCUGGGGUGGCAAGGGCAACAAAAAGGACACAAAGAAGGAUGUGAAGCAGCGAACCUUGACGCAGAUGGUCCAUACUAUGACUCCACUGGUCCUGGACUCUGACGAAGAGGUUGAAGGAAGCGAAACCGAUGAAGAGGUGGAUGCCGCUUAUCACAGCUUCAUCUAUGGGAAUGAAGAAGAAGCAGGUGCUGAGCGGCAUGCUCCGGCUGAAUUUGUCGAGGAAGGAACAUUAUCAAUUGUCGAAGGAUCAUUUCAAGUCGCGGAAGAUGACAGCGGCGAAGACGAAUACCAGCCUACACAGUUCAUCGAGGCGCCUGCUAAGAAAUCGAGACGCACGCCUCUCCGAUCGUCGAUCCGCCUUCGAGACACCCCAGCUUCCAAAUCUCCGGCAAGCGCGUCCCCUAAGACUCGGUUUGGACUCUUAUCCACGCCUGAAAAACGCGGCGUGUUCGAGAUUGCGUCCUCGCAGUCACCACCCGAAACCCUGCUUUCCACCCAGAACACCCCACAAAGAUCUGGUCGACGACCGCUGAAGCCACGCUCUGUAAAUGUGCUGAGAAUGGCAGAAACACCAUCCAAGCGAGGAGCAGAUAUACCAUCAAAGCGCAAGCAAGUUACCUUCCAAGACGGCCCGCAGGAGCAGAUACCACCUCCCGCGUUGAGGAAGUUUGCAAGCACGAUUCCAGACUCUGAGGAUGAGCUUGGAGACCUCAGCGAAAGCGACGGUCAAUUUGAUGUUGAUGGUGUCAGACAGGACACACAAGCGCGACCACGAGAUGCGAACGGUCUGAUCAGCGGAGCCGACAUAGGAGAAGAGACUCAAGCUAUGCUUCUCGACAUUGACCGGGCAUGUGCGAACCCACCGCGAAAUACUGUGCAGGCAGGCAGGGAAAAGUCGGAAGAACUUGGAGAGCCGAUCGACCGCUACGAUGCUGAGGCCUCACAGGAGCUUGGACUACAAUCGCCGUCUCAUCCAGCAUCAUCAAGUACUAAUGAGAAAUCUUCGGAGGUGUCUGAACUACCGCCCCUGCCUUUCUCCUCACCCAAGCCGUGCGAGCUUGCGGCUGCGAACGAAGAGCCUGGUUUGUUUACUGACAACCCCACUACGCCAACCACUGUACAUCAGCUCCCGUCCUCACCACCAAUCAAAGACUUCAGGACACAAUCGCCAACUAUGAUGUUUGCCGAAGAUGAAACACCAGAAGAAGCAGAUGAGCCAGUUACCGCGGUUGCCUCGCAACCUUCGACACCUACCAAGCAGCUCAGAUCAUCACCAGUCGAGGACUUCAGAACCAAUUCCACCAUCCCCAUGUUCGACGACGACCAACCAUCCGAAGACCUCGACGACGUCCCAACCGCAACACCAGCAGCCCUACGCCACCCCGACAUACAAGUCUUUCGCUCACCGCCAGCCCACCUCCGUCCCGAGCCCUCCCACUCCAGCCAAGCAGAGCAACAACUCCACUCCGAAUACCAGACAUACUCACAGUACCGCCGCCCCGCCCCCUUCCCCUCAAGCAUGCAUGUCGCACACGACUCGCACUACAGCUACCAGGCAACGCCACGGCCCCUUCCCAAGGUCCAUUCGACGCAGUUCCUCCCGGACAUGCACUUCAGCCACGUCAGCCAAGCUACCACCGUAGGUCCGACGCAGAUCUCACCGAAGACGACACCACAGAAGCCAAAAGUAAAGAUAGAGCACAUGUUCCCGCGCAGCGCGACGCAGACGCCGAAACGACACCGGCAAGACAGAAGCGCGACGACGACGCCCAAGUCGCUGCGGGCAUUCGGCUUGCCGAUGAGCAGCCCCGACGCGAGCCAUCCGCCGCCGACGCUGUUUAUUCCGAGUAGUUUCCCUAGUCCGGCGAGGGUCACGAUGGACGGGUGGAGUAGUCCUGUAUUCGAGAAAUAUGCUGAGGGCGAGAGUCAAUGGGGGGUGGGGAGCUUGGAUGAGUUUAGCAUUCCGGCGCCGCCGCCGGAAGAGUGGGUUGAAGAGGAUGAGGAUGGGGAGCUGUAGAUGUGG